AACAAUGAGGAUCCAGAUUAGCGUAGUAUUUUUGGCGAUGUGCACCGUGUCCAUUGCUAAAGAAGCAGCCACUAACAAACAAGGAGCCAAGAAGAACGAGAAGCGAGGUCUGCUGGGUCUAGGAGAUGGCGGUUUCGGUUACGGCGGUGGCCACGGCGGCGGCUUUGGCGGCGGCGUUGGAGGUGGCUUCGGGGGUGGACUCGGGGGCGGAAUCGGAGGCGGCGGCUUUGGAGGCGGCGGCGCGGCCGCUGGCGGCGGACAAGUGACCUCCGUGACCAUCACCAGGGAGGUGCCGGUGGCGGUGCCACAGCCGUACCCGGUGGCCGUCGAGCGCAACGUGCCGGUCCCAGUAAACGUGCCCGUCCACGUGCCGGUGGACAGGCCGUACCCGGUCCACGUGCCACAGCCGUACCCCGUCCCCGUGGAGAAGCCCGUGCCUUACCCCAUGAGCGUACCCAGACCCGUCGCCGUGCCCGUGCCCCAGCCGGUGGUCGUCAAGCAACCGGUUCCCGUCAUCAUCGGCAGCGGCGGCUCUGGUGGCUUCGGUGGACUCGGAGGCCUCGGGGGAUCUUCUCUCGCCGGCCACGGUGGUUUCGACGGUGGAUUUGGAUCUUCGUCCUUCGGCAGCCACGGAGGAUACGGAGGUGGCGGCCACGGAGCGCACGUCAGCUUUUCGUACAUCGGACACCAUCACUGA